UCCAAAUUUGUUGUAGAAACUCUUUCAGAAAGAAAAAAAUCUGGUAGAAUUAAAAGUCCAGUAAACUGCAGUUUAAUGCGUCCAGCAUUUUAUAAUUGCAUUCCAAGAAAAUAAAAGUUCAAAAUAAAUAUAUAAUAUAUUUGGUUGUUUCAAUUUUAAUAGAGUCCAACUAAGAAUAUUAUUACUAUAAAGUGUGUCGGAUCUAUGUGUAUUUGCAAUUAACAUUAGUAAUAUCGUUGGAAUAGUCAUAAUUAGUUCUAGCGGGCUCGGAAAGGUCUUAUCUCUCUGUAAAUAUACAAUAUAACCGUUUGUUAUAGUAACGUUGGCAUACCAGGAGCUGCAGUAAAUUCAGAGAGUAAUAUCAUGGCGCUGACAGAACACGAUAAUGUAUUCUUUUUUGUUCCAAAUCUAAUUGGAUAUGCUCGCAUUAUACUAGCGUUGAUAGCUUUCUGGUGCAUGUCUACUAAUUAUGUGGCCGCCGGAUGGUGCUACGUCAUUAGCGCUCUACUAGAUGCCGUGGAUGGGCAUGCGGCGCGUGCUUUUAAUCAAAGUACACGUUUCGGCGCGAUGUUGGAUCAAUUGACCGAUCGUUGUGGUACUAUGGGUCUUCUGGUGACGCUCAGCUACUUUUACCCCAAAUAUAUGUUCUGGUUUCAGGUCUCAAUUGCCAUUGACAUUGCUUGUCAUUGGCUUUAUAUGCAAACGAGCGUCAUGGUAGGAAAAACAUCGCACAAAUCAUUCGAUGUUAAGGAGAAUAUAAUAAUGCGUACUUAUUAUCAGAAAAAUGUGCUUACAUUUAUGUGCUGCGCUAAUGAACUCUUUUAUGUUUGCCUGUAUCUUUUAUAUUUCACUUACGGACCAUUAAUCUUUGGAAUGUCCUUGUUUAAACUUUUGGCUAUCCUCAUGGCGCCAUUUGCUCUACUGAAGUCUUUAAUCUCCUGCCUGCAUGCUUAUGUAGCCAGUAUUGACUUGGUCGCUUUAGAUAUGCGCGAACGUGCUUCAAAGCGUGAGAAGGAGGAGGGCAAAAAGGCAGAAUAAUUCUGCCUGUUGGAUUCUUCGAAAUAAUUUUGUGAUGUAUAUAAUUUUAUACAAAUUUAUAUAUCGAUCAUUUGCGCGUUUCGCUAAAAUAUUU